AGCGGGGCGCGCGCCCCGGCCGAGCGGCACGCGCCGGGGGGAGUCGGCCGCAGCCUCUACCCGCGCAGCCCCGCGGCGCCCCCGCGCCGCUCGCGGCAGCGGCCGGGCACGGCUGGGGCGGCCCACUCCCUUCGGGGCACUGCCCUCAACGAGAAUGAGGUCGCGCAGUUGCUCAAGAGGCUCGUGUCUCAGGGUUGGACCAUCGACAAGUGCGUGAAGGGCUUGCUGCAGGGAGCACGGCAUGGUCUCCGAGUGCUGGGUGAUCGCAAGCUCGAUUUGGAGGCGGUGCGCUGUGGCGUCGGCUUGUGGCUGGCCCAGCGCAAGGAGGACUCGAGCGUGCUGCGAGCUGUGCAGGAGGGCCUCGGCGACGAGGGCGCCAUCCUCAGCUGCGCCGCGCAGACGACGAGGUCGCGGGAGGCCGGCGGCGAGGCCCUGGCAGAGGGGCCCUGCCGCGAGUGGGCGCCCCGCGGGCGCCCCGCGUGCUGGACGCGCGUGCCCAGGUGCCGCCGCGUGGCCGCCCGCGGGCGCCUCGUGGCCGUGCCGUGGUUUCGCCGCGCUGCCGCCCGCCGGCGCUUCGUGGGCGCGCCGAAGCUCCGCCGCGCCGUCGCCCGCGAGCGCCCGUGGGAGCCUCCUGCGCGCUCGGUGUGUUUGGUUUGGUUCGUCGUUGUGCCUCCCGGCGCCCGCUUGGUGCCCGGCCGGUGCCCGGUCGGUGCCGGGGUCGUGGGCGCCUCCUGGCGAUGUCGCGUGGCACAGAAGUCCCACAGGGCUGUCCUCACGGUGUCCGUGCCGCCAGUGCCGCUGCCCGCACUGCCGGCCGCAAGGGAGGGGGUCGCCCCUGGCGCCGACGAGGCAGCAUGCGUGCCAGCGUCCACGGACGGCGGGCUCCUGCCAGGCGGCGGCGCGUCGCGGGCGGCGAUCUGUGGGCGGCUGGGGGCAACGCCCUUCCUGCCGCACACGCACGAGCUGUUCAUGCACGGGCGAGGGUACGACGGCCCGGUCAAGCCGCCGAAGGUUCUAUGGAAGAGCGCUAGUCCGCCCCGGCAGGAUCAUUCUUGCCCCGAGUGGCUCACGGCCACGGAGUUCGAGGACCUGCCCGACGUGGCAGACGCCAAGGCUGCCCAGCUGGCCCUGCUGCUCCUCUGCUCGAAGAAGACGGUGGCCUACACGGGCGCAGGCAUCUCUGCGUCGGUCGUGGGGCAGGCGGCACUGUCUGGGCAGAACAAGGUUGGCUGGGUGGGCAACCCGCGCGAGGCCCAGCCCACGCCCACCCACUACAUCUUGAGCUUCCUGGCGCGACAGGGCCUCCUGCACGGGUGGGUGCAGCAGAACCACGACGGGCUGCCACAGAAAGCUGGGUUCCCCCAGGAGAACAUCAACGAAAUCCACGGCAGUUGGUACGACCCCAGCAACCCGGUGGUGAAGUACAGCGGCUCCCUCCAUGACCGGUCGUUCGCUUGGAUGGAGGAUGACGCGAACACGGCCGAUCUUUGCCUGGUCCUGGGGACGAGUCUCGGCGGCCUCAACGCGGACCAGCUCCCUGUGAAGACGGCGCGGCGCUCCGUUGACGCGGUCUCCGACGAUUUGGCCGAGAAGGACCGACGGCGACGGCCUCGGCGAAUCCGAGCCCGCCGCAGGCGGCCGCGCGCUGGGGACCCGCUGCCGUGGCGUCGGCGGCGGGCUGGGCACGGUGAUCAUGAAUUUGCAGCAGACGGCCCAGGAUGGGAAGAUGACUCUCAGGAUGUUCGGGAAAUCCGACGACAUCCUCCGCAUGCUGCUCUUGAAGCUUGGCGUCAGCACGGAAGUCCAGCGCCCCCCCAGCUGGCCCAAAGAUUCCCGUGCCCUGGUGCCCUACGACGCAGAAGGUCGGCGCCUCCCCACGCCCGGCGGUAA